CCGGCGGCCCCUGAUAUGGAGUGGACUUGCUGUCCGGGCCGGGCUAUAAGUGCGCCUGCGCGCAGGCCGGGCGCCGCGGUCCUUGACUGUGCUGCGCUGGGCGCCGGGUGGAGCCAUGCGGAGAACGGACUGCGAGCAGCCCCCAAAGCGGCCCCGGUGCGAUGGCAGCCCCAGAACCCCUCCGAAUACUCCUCCCGCGGCGACUAACUGUUCGCCGGGACCCAAACUCCACCCCGACCAUCGGACCUGGGACCCGGAGCAGGUGUGCUCCUUCUUGGAGCGCAGCGGCUUCAAGGAACCGGGACUGCUGAGAAACAUCCGAGGGGAUAAUUUUAGUUCCUUGGAGGAGAGGAAGAAACUGCUUCAUUAUAUCCAACAAUUGAGUCAAACCCACAUGGAGACAGUGAAGGUGAUUAAUGAUCCUAUCCAUGGCCAUAUUGAGUUCCACCCUCUCCUUAUCCGAAUCAUUGACACUCCUCAGUUCCAGCGACUUCGGUAUAUUAAGCAGUUGGGAGGUGGUUACUAUGUAUUCCCAGGAGCUUCGCACAAUCGAUUUGAACAUAGUUUAGGGGAAUACAAAAUGCAUGAACAGGGCUCGGUUCACAUGUUUGAGCAUCUGAUUAAUUCUAAUGGACUCAAAGAUGUCAUGAAACAUUACGGUCUUGUCCCUGAAGAAGAUAUUUGCUUCAUCAAGGAACAAAUUACUGGAAUACUUGAUUCACCAAUCAAAGGAUCAUUGUGGCAGUACAAAGGACGUCCUAAACAGAAAAGUUUCCUGUAUGAAAUCGUGGCUAAUAAAAGAAAUGGCAUUGAUGUGGACAAAUGGGAUUAUUUUGCCAGGGACUGUCAUCAUCUUGGAAUCCAAAACAACUUUGAUUACAAGCGCUUUCUUAAGUUUGCCCGAGUCUGUGAGGUGGACGAUGAGAAGCAUAUUUGUACUAGAGAAAAGGAGGUUGGAAAUCUGUAUGACAUGUUCCACACACGCAACUGUUUACACCGAAGAGCUUAUCAGCACAAAGUGGGCAACAUCAUCGAUACAAUGAUUACAGAUGCCUUCCUCAAAGCAGACCCCUACAUGGAAAUUGAAGGUUCUGAAGGGAAAAAGUAUCACAUUUCCACAGCAAUCGAUGACAUGGAGGCCUUCACCAAGCUGACAGGUAAGAAUCAGGUUACAUGCAGGGUUAUCAACAUGGACUAUGGAAUGAAAGACAAGAAUCCAAUUGAUCAUGUUCAUUUCUAUGGCAAGAGGGACUUGCAAACAGCAAUCAAGAUUUCUAAAAAGCAGGUUUCACGCUUCCUACCAGAGACAUUUGCAGAACAGCUGAUCCGUGUGUACUGUAAGAAGACAGAUGAAAAGAGUCUGUUUGCUGCUACACAACAGUUUGUCCAGUGGUGCAAAGACCGAGACUUCACCAAGCCACCGGAUGGUGAUAUCGUAGCCCCACUCAUAACACCUCACAAAAAGGAGUGGUGCUACCAGACUUCAGAAACUCACAGAAAAAAGCUUAACUUUCAAGAUGGCUGAAUGUCUGCAGUUGGUUAUUGACCCUCCCCACCCCUUCUUCACAGAGAAGUUGGGGACAUUUAAUCACAGUUCCGCACACUGAUUAAGCCGUGCUUUCUUAUGUUGUAUUUUGAGUGUAUACCUAUGGUGAUGGUGAUUUUUAUUCAAAGAAAUGAGAAACAUGCUACCCAGCUGAUGGGAAGCAUUCCCUUUUUUAACAUUAAUUAAAGCCUUUCUCUCUUACUAAUCUA